AUGCUUUUCACAUUUAUUUCUCUCUGUAAGUCAGCGAAUGAACAAGCCUGUUGGCGCAAUACAACAGGUGAAGAUAUGUGCCCAGUAUGCGUUUCAAGAACAGGAGCUAAAUGCGGUUACUGUGCAUGGACAAGUUCUUGUGAUGCAGGUGAUGAAAGCGGCCCAUUCAAAACACAAUGCGCUGAAGGAUGGAUCUUUCCAAAGACAACUUGUACUCAUGAAAUGUGUCUCAAAUCAACAAGAGCAGAUAAAUGCAGGCAUCCUUGCACUUGGAAUAAGAGAUUCAGUAAAUGCGUUUUACCAAGAGAUAUGAAGAAAGAUUCUGAAGCAGAAAUUAAAGCAAUGGAACGUAGAGAUUUCGUAGCAAGAUUAAUUUACGCUUUAGUAGUUGUUUUCAUUGCAUUUGCUAUUUUAGUAUACUUAUAUGGAUGCUAUUACAACAGAAAACCGUUAUAUUCUCAAAUUCCUGGAAUGAAUGAAGGAAUUUCACUUGACGACUUACCAGCAGCAUAA